AUGAAAGUGUCGGUUGGGGGUCUAUCAAAGACGAAACCAAGUGUUGCUCCGAGACCUCAUUCGCAAAGUGCUGGGUUGGCCAAGCCGCAAUCCUCAUUUGACUCUAGCAAUUUAGCUUACAACGCUUCUGAGGAGACUCCUCUACCCGGCACACAGGUCGAUCUGUUGAGACCGAAUAUACCGGAAGUUGAUAAAAGUGUUGCGACGCAAUUAUCGGAGUCGCCAUACCAUGGGUACUUGGAUGCGAUUGACCAGUUGCCCAUGAGCAGCACUUGGGACUUUGACUUUUCUCUCGACCCAUUCCUCACUUGUGCGACAGAUUUUCCGGAAUCACCAGAAUGGGCUCUCCCCAAUGGCCAACUGUAUGCAGAAGCGGGAAUACCCGGUGAGAAUGGUACAGCUCGUUCAGGUGCUACUCCGACGUCCUCUGAUCCAGCAGAGGUAGACGGAGCAGUAAUGGAAGACUUGACAAAUGCCGCCGAAUAUGUAGACCGAGAUGCAGUACGGAGAAAACGCCCUAGGGUUAAGUCGACGAGAACACCCAGUGCCGAUCAUAUGUUUCUGAAUGGGGACAGUGACAAAGACGAUUCGUUCUUUUUCCAGCACUAUGAACAAUGUAUCGGAGGCUGGGCAUAUUCCCUCAAAGACGACGGCAAAGGAAACUACCUCCGGUUUGUGCUGGAUUUUAUACGGAGCCCGCGCUGCUGCCCGGCAUCGCCCUUUCGCCUUGCCGUGUUGGCAUGGGCAGCCAAACACUGGGCAUUGACUUGUAAACCAGACAGCACAGCAUGGAAGGAAUACUACAGCCAAGCCUCUGCCGAGAUUCAGAGACUGCAAUAUAACUCAGAUUGGGUAUCCUCACCACCGGUGAAUUCUUCAGAGAUGGAUGUACUAUCGUCUCCUGCAGAAAUCAUCAUCUGUUCGACUCUGUUUCUUUGUCGAUGUGCUGUGCUCAACGAUGACCUAGACUGCAUUCUUCGGCACCUGGGUGAUCUUAAAUUGGGACUUCACCAGAUACUCAGUGGCCCAAAACUGUCAGCUUUUGGGUGUCAGAUACUCCUUUGGCUUGGUUAUUUGCAUGUUCGGGUCUCUAUAUUUUCCUCAAAGAAACAGGCAGACAACAUCGAAAACCGUAGGGUGGUGGCGACAACACUCUUGGAUGCUAUAUCUGAUCAUCCUGAUUACCAAUACAUAUGCGAUAGAUCACAUCUAUACCUAUCAGAAAUAUUUGGGAGAUCAUACCCUGCCGAAGAAAUGUUGCAAGAUGUUGAAAAGGCACCCGUCUCAGUCAGGACACAUGAGACUUUCUGCUUAAUCGCCAAUAUGCUGCGAUACCGAUCCUGGAAACAAAACUCUGAGACAAAAGUCGAAUCAGCGGAAUAUAGGGAACUGGAGAAAGCUAAAAUUGCGACCAUUGAUAUUGAUAUUCGACGCAUGGAUGUCGAAUUUGGACUUGCAAUUGCUACCAAUCCAUCUGCAGCGGUAUUGCAACAGCAACACUCUCCCACCGGGCCACGGCGGCAUAGUUUCAUGGCAGCAACGAGCAGGAUAAACAGUAUGGUAACGGAUGCACCAAAUGCACAAUCUCCAGAGUCCGUCUCACCCACUGGAAAUUCCUCACAUGCAUGCUCUCCUGGAUCAACAGGCAUGACUGUGGCACAGGGAGUUGACAUACGGAGCUCUGCUCAUAACUCCCGCCCGAUGAAACGAGCUUCACUGCAAUGGCUUUCAUGCUAUGCAGUGUUUUUGACGGCCAAGAUUCUUUGGUCGCGAAUACUGCACCCCAACGUUCGGAGUGAAGACACCGCAAAAGCGGCAGCCAGAGAGAUCAUGCAAAUUGCGUUGCAUCUCCGCAAAGCUCACCAGAGACCAGGUACCGCACCAUCGUGGUCACGCAAGAUUCCGCGUUCUAUGCUCUGGCCCUUGCCGCUGUUUAUGGCUGGCAUCGAAACCAGGGAUGAGUUACAUGCGGACUGGAUAUUAGGCUUUAUGAACGAGGUGACCUCCUCCUGGGGUGGUGAGGUAGUCGUGACUGGUCAAAGAUGGCGCAGAGAUGAGAUGUCUGGAGCUGUACCAAGUAGUGCAAGUCGCGUUCAGGCCCUGAUGGAGCGUGUGCGUGAAGCACAAGACUAUCUAGGUUGCCGAGCUGAUGUAGAGAGCAUCAUGGCAGGUAUGAUGAUGGAGAGAGGCUCAUUUCUGUUAUAG